AUGUCCGGUCAAAUCACCAGAAUUACUCUUUUCAAGAUUCCCGAUGAGGAAAACCAGAAGAAGGCCUUAUCAUUCUACCAGCAGAUGCCUCAGAAGGCAGUAAAGAACGGAAAACCUUACAUCCUUUCGGUCAAGGCAGGUCUGGCCGUCGCCGACCAAAGGGCACAAGGGUUUACAGUAGCAGCUGUGUCUACGUUUGCAUCUGCUGAGGAUAUGGCCUUCUAUGACAAUGAAUGUGCCGCUCAUGCUGAACUGAAGGCUUUUGCAAAGGGUGCUCAUGAAGGUUUCGCUAUGGUGUACUUCAAGGAUUAG